CCUAACAACUCAGUAAAGCGAAACUGAAACUGGGAGGCAGACUAAUAUAAUGCAGAUAUAAAGCAGAUAUAGUGCAGAUAGUUGGAGCUCCGUUUCCUGUUGCCAGCGCUGAGGGAGAAGGGGCCCCAUCACAUAAAGUCUUGGCCCGGAGUCCAGAGACUGCACACGCUGAUCCCAUUCUGUGUCCCCCAAGAGCCUGAAUGAGCAAACAGUAAAAAAGAACGGUUACAUCAAAUGGAUUCACAGCUCUUGCCUCUGGACGACUGGACUGAGAUCCAUGUCAGGGACUGGCUGCGUAUGAUUCGAAUAAAAGAAGAGUAUGUGACCAGGAUGUUUGAAGAGGAGGUGACUGGACCGGUGCUGAAAAAAAUUACAGAAAAGUAUCUGGAAAAGCUUGGCAUGAAAGCAGGACAAAUUCAUCUUUUACUGGUUAGUAGGGAUGAAUUGUGCACGCAACAGAACAGUACAAAAGUUGACCAGAAUAAGCUCCAGUCAGGAAAUAGUGACAAACACCCGAGUGGGAAAGAGAAAGAGACUGUGGAAAGACCUGCUAAAGGCAACAGGUCAGAAUCCCAGGAAACUGUUCCACAUGAAACUCUUCCACAACUAUCACCUCAGAAAAAUAAAAAACAAAAAGGCAACAAUGUAAGUGCUGGGGGUCCCAGUUCCGAGGGCAAUGCUAAACACCCACUCAAAAUGUGCAGUUUCCGAGAAUUUGGCCAGGAGGACAAGACUUUUACCUACAUGAAAAACCACCGGUUGUCUCCUGAAACUGGAGUAAUUGACCUGAUCAGGCCUUGCCAUGAAUACAAGUCAUUUGCUACUGCAGCCACGUUGGACAAAAUCAGAUUACAGGCAAAGUUCUCUGCUGAGGUGUUCAGAUUUGCCACUGCCUGCCUGAAUGUAAGAAGCAACGGCACAAUACACUUCGGUAUCAUGGACAGUGUCGAGGAUAAGGGCUAUGAGCACGGGCAGAUUGUUGGCAUUGCCAUCACCCAGCUAGACUGGUAUGCAGAUGCAUUAAAUAAUAUGAGAGAAUGCUUCCAAGACCCAAGUGCAUUUGCAGCUGCUAGGCUGUGUAUUCGCCCCCCAAUAUUUAUUGAAGUCUAUGACAAAGAUUCUGAUACAAAGGCAUUUGUUGUAGAGGUUGAUAUUGAAGCUACAUUGGACAAUGUUAAAGAUAAAGUGUUCCAAGUGCGUUUGCCUUACAUCAAUAAUAAUAAGAUUUGUUACAAAGCACAAGCUACUUAUGAGCGGAAUGGAACAAAGUCAGAGCCUGUUAAAGUAGAAGAAGAACUAGGUGCAUUUAGACAAAGGUUUAAGGAAGCAGAUUGUCGCAGGAAAGACGCAGAGUCCAGGGUCACCUCUCAGACCAAAGAUGUAGAAUACUUGGGCAGAAGGCUGUCUGUGCUUAUUACCAAUGGCAAGCAAUAUUUUGAUGGGUCCCAAUGGUAUGUGAUUGUGACAAACAAAUUUGGAGAACACCAUCUGCAGCACCUUAAGUUUCUGAAGCACUUAAACAUAUUAUGUGUCUUUGAUUUUGAUCCGGAUUCAGACAGCACUGGACUCUGUUCUAAGUUCAAAGAGUUCCACGCCACCAAUAUGUACUCUCUGGAGAGCUACUCGAACGAAUGUGGAAGGAGUAAGGAUGAAAUCAUUAGCAACCUGUGCCUCUUCAGACAAACCUGCUGGAUUUUUUGCAAUGGACGCUCAAACUUUCUAGGUGAAGACCAGACUUGUAAUGAAUAUGCUUGGAUCAGGACUAAAGGGAAAUAUUUAAAUAGGGCGAUUUCUUUUAUCUGUGAAGAAAUUAUUAAAAGGGCUUCUUUCAUUGUUCUCUUCAUGCUGAUGUCACCUGCUGAAAAGCCAAUAGCCGAAGCUUUCUUUGAAUUUUAUAGAGAGAUGAAUGGCCUGGAUUACAUUCUUUGCAUUGCAGAAAAUAAAGAGCAGUAUGAGAAAUGGGCCAGACUAGCACAAGAGACUUGUCCAAGGGAAGAGCUUGAGAAGAGAAGCAUUGUGGGCAUGCAGUUAAGUCACAUUGAUGGAACUGUCCAAGAGAUGAUGCCUACUACAGAUUACCAGAGAACCCUACCUGUUUCCACAAAUGGACUGUGCAUUCUGACAGUACCUGAAGAGGAGAGAAUGCCCUCACUUGAUAUAUUAUGUGUCAAUGAGUGCAACAACAUUAACAUAGAUCAGAUGGACAAAGAAGAACUAAAGAAACUUGAAAGUUCAUUUUAUCGAGGAGGGAAGAUCAGCUGGAAACAUCUAUGGCUCGCAGAACACAAACAAUUUGGCACGGUUAUUGAGCGACAUGGAUGCAAAGAGGUUGAACAAAUACUCAAGGAUAUCUUACACAAAAACACAGUAAAGCUCCCUGUAGCUAGAAUAAACAUUGUUCACCAGCCUGGCAGCGGAGGUAGCACUGUAGCAAGACAGAUUCUUUGGAAAUACAAAAAUGAAUUGAGAUGUGCUAUAGUAAAUUCUUUCUAUUCAGUUUCACAAGUCUGUGAGCAUGUCAUAAAGUUUCGGGACUAUGAAGAAAAGGAGCCCAUUCAAUGCCUUCCAGUUUUCCUUCUUCUUGAGGACUGUGAUGAAGAGUAUAUUGACGAUUUAAAGCAUGACUUAUCAGAAGCUAUGGUUUAUAAAAAGAUCAACAAUUUAAAGCCAAGAUUUAUCCUUCUGAGCUGUAAAAGAUCUAAUGACCCCCAAAAGCUUUGUAAAGCCUCCUAUCACGACACCGUGGCAAUUACUCACAAACUCACCAGAAAGGAGCAAGUGAUGUUCCAAGCUAAAGCUAAAGAACUUUCUGCUUGUUUUGCAUCUGAACUUAUUAUCACGUUUGUCAUAAUGAGUCACGGCUUUGACAAACAAUACCUAAAAGACUUUGUUGCGCAUGUAAUGCAUGAUAUUGACCACUCUUCCAAUGUCACAAGAUUAAUAAGAUAUGUUGCACUCCUCAACCAUUAUGUUCAAAAUUCUUAUAUCUCUCUUUCACACUGUGAAGAAUUUCUUGGGAUUAAACCUUAUCUAAAAGAGAAUCUACAAAAAGAUAGUCAGAAUAAAUCUAAGGCUAAAUUGAAAGAACAGGGCCAAUUGAAGUCAUCAGAAGAACAGCCUUCAGACAAGGGGAGCCAAACUACUUCCUCAGUGAGUGGUGAAGAAAAGUCAGAAGAGGGGUCACUGAGCCAAUAUAGUUUUGUAAACAGCUUAAAUGAUCAGGCACGAUUAAUAUUUAUUGAAUUACGGGAAUCCACCACUUGGAUCUCAGGCAUUCGCAUCCUGCACCCACUAAUUGCAGAGGAAAUCCUUGUUCAGUUGCCCAGCACUUACCUUCAGAGUAAGAUUGCUAUGGACCUUUUGGAGGAAAAAUCUCUACUCUAUCACCGAUUUGGUAGAGAAGACUUUGUGAAGUUCAUCAGACAACUGUUUUUAAGACGUCACAAGAAAAGCAGAGGGGAUAUUGUAGACAGCGUCUUUUCCCCCUUAAUUGAACAUGUCUGUAAGACUGAAAACAAUGUCAAAAUGGCCAUUAAUCUCUUAGAAGAUGCUUAUGAGCAUCUUGAUAAAGAUUCUCUUUUUGCACAGCAAUUAGCUAGGAUACAUUAUAAAAAUGAAAUGUUUGAGGAAGCCAAAAAAUGGGCAGAAACAGCAAAAGCCAAGUCACCAUAUGAUUCCUUUAUUUUGGAUACAGAGGGACAAGUAUACAAAAAAUGGUUUAAUGUAAAUUUGAACAAGCACCAAAAUGAUAUCCCAUCAGAAGAAGCAAUCAACUUGAUUGGACUUGCGCUUAGAUCCAUGGAAUGUUUCAGGGCAGCAGAAAAGGCAGCAGGAUCAGAGACAGAAACAAUCAAUAAUUCGGGGUACUUUGGUGAGGUAGAUGUAGGUUGUCGUUUACUAGAAUUUCUUUCUACCCUGGAAAUAUUUUCCAAGGAGGACAAAAGCAAAAAUACAGAACUUCUGCAGUACCUGCUGACAGACCAUACACCAGAGGAGAUAAAGAAACCUUGGAGCAGACUGCAUGGUCAAUUGAAAGGACUUUACCAAAAUAUUUACAAUGCUCUAAAGUGGAUUUCAGAUGAAGUAGGCUACUUCCAAAUGGAUAAAACAGACGAUGGUGAGUCUACCAACAGAAUUGAAGAUCAUAUCAACAACCCAAGAAGGUGGUUAUUAAGGAAAACUAAGUUAUUUGCCAAGUAUUUUUGUAAUCAGAUUUUAACAAGCGAUUCCCGCACUGUAAAUGAAUUUGUUCAGAAGAUGAGGAUUUAUCAGCUUGGAGGUGGAAGUGCUGCAACUAUUCUUGCCUUACUGUCAGAUCCAAAAAAUGAAAGGCCAGCAGGAAAGCUGGAGACUAUCAUAGAUAAUUACCCUAAAGAUAGUAAACCUAACUCACUAGAUGACAUAGACUUGAUCAAUUACACUAUGUGCCAUAUUGCUUUAGGGUGUGUAAAUUCAGAGUCCUCAAAACUUUUGCCCUUCCAGAAGCUCCGAGACCUUUGCAAACGAUUUCUGAAUCACCAGAAAGAGUUUCCCCCCAGUGCCUACUUUCUGAUAUUCAUGCUCUACUGGCCCGAUGACAAGUUUCCUGAAAAAUAUGGGCACGAUAUCUUGACAGCUGCUGGGCAAACUGCAGGGCGACUACACAAUAAGAGGCUGAAAAGUGUUCCCGUCAGGAAGAAAAGGACCAAUGUGCACUUCUUUCUUGGUCAUGGUCAUGGACUGCAGAAAUUUAAACACAGGAGUAUUAUAGAGAAGCAGCUCUCUGGCCCUUUAAAUGAACGGACAUUCAAAUGGGACACAGAUCAAAAAAACUCGGUAAAGCUACAGACCACUCUAAAGAAAGUACCUGGCUGGACGGAAAAUGGCAAGGUUUUUACCAAGGGGCACAACAGCAAGAACAACAUUGAGGUGCUGCCCCUGAACUAUUCAUCUAUGCCUCAUGGCAAUGAAAACAUCACAUUUAACCUGGGAUUUACAUAUAUUGGUUUUGUGGCCUACAACAUCCAGAUAGCAGGAUAGGAGUUGCUAUCAAGAUAUGGGAGUCAAAUGUGGAAAUUAAGAGAAAAUAUAGCAUUAAUUUGCAGUGUGUGCAUCCAUUUUCUUUUUCUAUAAAUCUUCAGAAAACAUAUUGGGAGCCUGGCAUUAUUAGAAAGAAUACUCAUCUGAUUCCAAGCAGCAACUUCUGAACUAAUCAUUUGUCUGACAAUGGGACUCAAACAAAAAUCUGAUGUGGAAACUACAUGUAACUUCUGCCAUACAACACACUUGUCCAAAGAUAAAAAAGGGAUGGUGUCAGAAAGACUUUUUUUUUCACCAGCGAAGGCUUCACUACACUUCACACUUCUUCGCCAGGCGCAAAUUCACUACCACCAUGCUAAUUCACUAAAAUACGAAGUUGCAUCUCUGCAGAAGAACGCUG